AUGUCUACUUCAGGACUCAUCGCUGCUCGGAAAAGAAUAGAAACCUCAGUUAGAAAAUACCCUAUUCCAAUAAUCGAAGAAGAAAAAGAAGUAACUAGUUCCGAUGAAUGCAAGAAUGGCGUGCUCUUACUUUCCUUGUUACAGUCUCGUUUAAAUUGGGCAAACUUUGUCUUUAAUAAAUAUCGAGCUGAUCCAAUACAGCAACCGAAACGAAAUCCGAGCAUACGAAAAAAGUGGCCGCAAAUGAGAUAUCUAGGAACCUGUACUUUACAACUGGGCCCUCACUUAUUCGAAGAAACGUGUUUUUACGAAGCUGUACGAUCAGAAAGUUGGGAAUCUAUAGCAAAAGCACAGAAUAUAUGGACUGAACCUAAUAGGAAUAUGAAGGAAGCCUCUGAAACUGAUGCUGAAUAUAAUAACGAUCAGACAGCGCUGGCUGUACAGCAGGACCUUUCGCAAAAUGCAGCUGCACCGACGCAAAUAGACGAGCAACAGUUACAAAACCAAACACCACCAGCAGCUCAUGUGGUAGAAGUGCUCGACAAACAGGCACAAGCAUCGCAAAUAACCAGUAAAAGCGCGUCUCAAGAUCCUGAAAGAUUAAUAUUUCGAGAUAUCGUGUUCGAACUGAAGGAGGUGACAAAUGAACGGUUUAUAUUUCCCAAGAGCACGAUCAUUGAGAGUAUACCCAUGAGUGAUUUGGAUAAAACUUUUACGGUUCUUGCAUCGUUUGUUAUACCCGUCGAAACACCCGAAUCGAAUGAUUUUUUUCUAUCCUCAAAAGAUAAGAUUCUAACUUAUGGAAGGAACGUUUCUUUGGACUGUAUUGCAGAAUUUAUUAGUAAAGAAGGCCCAUAUGAACCAAGUGUUGUAAUACCCUGUAAAGAAGAUACCUAUCAACCUGUAAAUAUCCGCCUGAUGGGUGCUAAUGAUGAUAUAGUUCAAGCCCUCAAUGGUAUUGUACAUAAUGCAGCUAAUGUCAGAGAAGAAAUGGAGGAGAAAAUGAAGUAUUUUCCUAAACAGACGCACAUCAACUUUAAUUUAGCAGCAGAUUCACCACAUAUUAAAGAAAUUCAGGAACUGUUGAGGAAAUCAGCCACCAUACCAGAUGUAUCUACAGGCCCUGUACAAGCAGAAAAGAAGAGAAACGAAAUUCUGAAUGCAAUCAAGCUAGGGAAACGCCCUAGGGAUGAGAAAUUUAAAGCAGAAUUACCGAAAACAAAGACUGUAAAUAUAAAAGAUGACGCUCAUUUGAAAUGCGCUUAUUGUAGCACGAAGACGACAGCUAUGUGGAGACGAGGACCGAAUGGACAUGGUACACUUUGUAAUAGUUGUGGUUUGCUAUGGAAAAACGGUGAGAUCCUAAAGGGUGCUCCUGUGAUUUCUAAACGAGAAGAAUGGAAACUUUUUUAUGAGAAAAAGGACAGGGAGAAGGCAUCAGAGGCUUUCGAAUUAGAAAGAGUAGAACGUGAAGCGGCUAAGAAACAGCAGCAACAGCAGCAGCAGCAACAACAACAACAACAACAACAACAACAACAACAACAGCAACAGCAACAGCAACAGCAGCAACAACAGAGAUAUAAAAAGGAAAGGAUAGCACCUUCAGCAGACGGUCAGCAUCAUCAAUUACAACAUCGCACUGGAAUAAAACAUUCAACAACUUUACCGGCUGGUUUGGGUCACUUUGCUUCGCAAUUGCUUGAACAAAGGAUGCAGCAACAGCGGGAGACACAAGGGCAGCACCAUUUACCACCUACUUAUAGUUCAGAUAGUGCUACUGUCUGCGUUGAUUCGCAACAUACUGAUAUUGUCAAUGCAGUAUCAGUCUACUCAAAUGCAUCAACGAGCAUUGACGUUAAAAGAGAAUGCAACGAAUCUGAUGAACUAACUUCAGUACAAUCAGCCUGUCCUUCACAAUCAAUGACUACAGUGUCAUCAACGGCAUCUGCCAUUGAUAAAUUGGUGAACGCACCUAUUUCGAUAAAAUCAAAACCUAGCAUUUCCGAACUCUCAGAAAUCCAACCUCAUACAAAACAUUCGUCACAGCAACAGCAACAGCCUCAGCCCCAGCAACAACAGCAACAACAAUUAAACCCGUCUACUACACCUCUGUCAUUAUACAAUACGGCAGGAAUACCUCUUCCUACCUUAUCCAUCGAUUUGGGAGGUAUAAUGCAAUUCCAUCAUCCGCAUUGCGGCCUGACACUUUUGGACAACGGCCUUUCUAUUCGCUUAAUAAAGGAGGGAUUUGAACCCUACACACUUGAAAUGGGAAAGACAGAAAUAAUCAAUGCGACGUUCGAUGUAUUAACAGAAACAGGAAAAGAAAUUGAUGGAGUUGCAACUAAACGCGAGGUACUAAGAAUGGAAGUCGUGCCAAAAUCAGAAACUGCUGCUGCAAUCAAUGUGUUUGGCCAACAAUUGCAGCUAUCAAACGAAAACGGUGGUAUUCGAGUUCGUUUCUUGGAAAAAUUGGAUCCAAAUGGUGGGGCUGUUGUGCAAAGGAUAGUGCAAAGAUGGUUAGCUACUGCGCCUCAUACUUGA